AUGAUUCAUAAACAUGCCUUUGAAGCAUUGGAUAGAACCUUAAAAGAUAUAUUGAUGCCUGAUUGUUCAAAUAGUGAAGCUUUACCAUUUGGAGGAAAGGUAAUUGUAUUUGGUGGUGACUUUAGACAGAUUCUUCCUGUUGUUCCAAAUGGCUCUAGACAAGAUAUCGUGAAUGCUUCACUGAGUUCGUCAUAUAUAUGGAAUAACUGCAAGUUACUAACGCUAACAAAAAACAUGAGGCUAACUGUUGGCAUGAAUCAUGGUGAUAUUGACAAGACGAAAGAGUUUGCUAAAUGGCUUUUGGAUAUUGGCGAGGGAAAACUUGGUGGUCACAAUGACGGGGAAGCUGUUAUUGAUAUACCUCAAGAACUGUUGAUUACUAAUUCCACUAACCCUAUCGGUAGUCUGAUCAACUUUGUGUAUCCUUCGAUACUUGAAUCAUUCAAUGAUCCAAAUUAUUUUCAAGAAAGAGCUAUACUUGCUCCAAAGAACGACGUUGUUCACGAGAUAAAUGAUACCUUAUUAGCAAUGUUUCCUGGUGAUCAUAAAGAGUAUCUAAGUUCAGAUUCUAUCUGCCAAUCUGAGAAUGUAAAUGACCAUAUUCGACACAAUGUUUACCCCCCGAUGUUCUAA